AUGUCGCUGGAACGUUUAGCGCUGGAGCGAAACGAGCUGCCACCGCCAGCAGAUCCAACCUCCUCCUCAUUGUCGUCUGAUCUUGUUGUAGAUGAUAUGAAAAUGGCCGCAUUGCCGGCUACGGGAGACAGAGAUAUGUAUAUGCUGGUGCCGGAAUCGAUAGCCAGCCAGCUGGAUGAUACGGAGCAUGUGCAUCGCAACACAAUCGAAGCGGAAGACGACGCCCAACCGGACGCAGAGAGUGCUGCGGACAUGCUGAUGCUGGAAAGCGAUGAUACGCCGGCCAUGCAGCUGGUCGAGCUGCCCAGCAUUAUAGCCGAAUCUCAGACAGAGUCACAUGCCGAGCUGGAGAUGGUGGCGGAGCCAGAGCCAGAGACGCAAACGGACACGGAUUCACAACCAGAGCCCAUAAUUGCAGAAGUGGCAUCGCCGGAGCUAAUUGAGGAGCAUGUUGUGGAGCAGCCGGUGAGCAAAAGUGAGGAGCAAAUGGAAAAUGUUGAAACUAUGCCGGAUACGGCAAUCGAGACAACACAAGUGGAAGGGGAACAGGCCCAGGCACAGGUACAAACCGAGGAGCAGCAGCCACAAGCAGUUGAUGAAAUGACGCCCGUAGAAGCGGAGGAGGAUGACCUGACGGAAUACAGCACGCCCGCUAUUCUCGAGGACCUAGAAGAGGAUAGCGAGUCCAAGCCAGAGACGGAAGACUCCAAGUCAGAGCUGGCUGAGAACGAUAAAGUGGAAAGCACAGAUUCAACAUUGCUGACCUCCAUGGGAGCGGGCAUUGAGGAAAGCAUCAGUGAAGCCAUAAGUGAGCUGCUGCCGCAGGAACUGAACGAAGAACAAAACCAGGAGCAGGUGCCGGUGCAGGAGCAGGGACAGGAGCAGGUACAGGUGCAGGGACAGGAGCCGGCGCAGGAGCAGGAUGCGCAGCAGAUCAUCUUCCAGUAUUCUGACGAGAUGGAGACAAAAGAAACAGAAGUGGCAACAGCAACUGAGCAACAGCUGGUGGAAUCAAUGCCAGCGGAUCCCAUAGAGGACACAGCCCAAGAGGAUAUGACGGCGGCGGAAAGUCACAACGAAGGCGAAUCCAAUGCAGCAACCCCAGUCGAGACACCAGUUGAGGCACCAGUCGAAACUCCUGUGGAAACUCCUGUAGAAACUCCUGUGGAACAUCCUGUAGAAAUUCCCGUUGAAGAGCCAGCUGAAACUCUAGCUGAAACUCCUGCUGAAACUCUAGCUGAAACUCCUGCUGAAACUCUAGCUGAAACUCUAGCUGAAACUCUAGCUGAAACUCCAGCUGAAACUCCAGCUGAAACUCCUGCUGAAACUCCUGUAGAAACUCCAGUUGAAACUCUCAUGGAAACUCCAGUUGAUGCUCCCAUGCCAGAUGCAGCUGAAGCACCAGUUGAAACUCCAGCUGAAGCACCAGUUGAAACUCCAGCUGAAGCACCAGUUGAAACACUAGCUGAAACUCAAGUUCAAAUCCUAGCUGACGAGCAGCCCGAAUCCGUGCCAGAGCAGUCCAUGCUGACGACCAUAAUACCAAUGGUUCUUCCACAGCACAUGGCAGAUCCCGAGUCGCUGCCGGAGCCGGAGCCAAUUCAAGUGAAUGACAGCGUACUGAACUAUGUGAAUGCCUCGCUUAUGCAGCCGGAACAGGAUGGGGGAGAGAUGGCCGCGGUCACAGAGACCCCAUUCAGUGCACAGCUAAGACGCUAUGAUGGCGCCCAAUUGUGGCGCAUUGUCGUCCAAACGGAUAAGGAUAGGAAACUGGCCGACGAACUGCAGUCCAAAUACGAUGGACAACUGUGGAAGGAGGUCAAGCAGGAGGUGGACUAUCUGCUCAAGCCGCAAGUGUUGGCUGCUGCUGAGCGACACAUUCGCGCUGCGAAUUUAUCGCGCAUUGUGCUUAUCGAUAACCUGCAGCAGGCAAUCGAAGUCGAGAAUCCGUCCGCCGAGGAAAUAAUCAAACUGCAGAAUCGCGACGGAAAACGGUUAACGUGGAAGGCCUAUCAUCGUCUCCAGGACAUACACGAUUUCAUUGACUACAUGGCCAAGACCUAUCCGGACAUUUGCUCCACAGAAACCAUUGGACACUCCGUGGAGAAGCGUCCGCUCAAGAUACUCAAGAUUUCGAAUGGUAAUGCACGUAAUCCUGGCAUCUGGAUCGAUGGUGGCAUGCAUGCACGCGAAUGGAUCAGUCCGGCAACCGUCACCUACGUGGCCCAUCAGCUGAUCGAGGGCUGGGAACAGCUGCCGGAGCAUAUGAGGAACAUCAACUGGUACAUUCACCCGGUGUCCAAUCCCGAUGGAUACGAGUAUUCCCACACAACGGAUCGGCUGUGGCGCAAGAAUAUGCGCUCCCACGGACGUCAGUGUCCUGGCGUCGAUUUAAAUCGUAACUUUGGCUAUAAGUGGGGCGGCAAGGGCACCUCGGCGAGUCCCUGCGCUCAGACAUAUCGCGGCAGCAAGGCCUUCUCUGAGCCGGAAACCUUCUACAUAUCGAAAUAUAUUAGUGGCUUCCCCAGGGAGACGUUCCAGGCAUAUCUGUCCUUCCACAGCUAUGGUCAGUACAUACUCUAUCCAUGGGGCUAUGACUAUCAUCUAACAAAGGAUCGUGCCGAUCUCGAUCGUGUGGCGCGUCAAGCGGGCUCGAUCAUCACAAAGUCGUCGGGCGUUAAGUAUACGGUUGGAUCAUCGGCGACAACACUCUACCCGGCCGCCGGCGGCUCGGAUGAUUGGGCCAAGGGAAUUGCUGGCAUUAAAUAUGCGUACACCAUUGAGAUGGGUGACACGGGUCGCUAUGGCUUCGUCCUGCCCGCUCGCCACAUAGAGCGCAAUGGCAACGAUGGCUACACCUUUGUCGAUACCGUCGCCCGUGCCGUUGCCCAAGGACGCUCCCUGGAUGCCAGGAGCGGCAGCAGCCGCAUCAGCAGCAGCAGCGGCAGCAGCGACAGCAGUCGUCGCCGUAGUCGCUAG